AUGCCUGCGGCUCUUAACCCCGACUUUUGCACCCAGAGCCUACGAGUUGCCUCCUGCCGGCUGCCGCUUCCCUUCAAAGAGGAAAUCUCCCGGAGGUUUAAGGCUCAGCAGGAUCAGCUGGUCCUGAUCUUCGCAGGCAAGAUCCUCAAGGAUGGGGACACGCUGAACCAGCAUGGAAUCAAAGACGGGCUCACUGUCCAUCUGGUCAUCAAGACCCCUCAGAAGGCUCAAGAUCCAGCUGCUGCCACGGCUUCUUCCCCCUCUACUCCUGACCCUGCCUCAGCACCCUCCACCACGCCUGCCUCACCCGCCACCCCUGCCCAGCCCUCCACGUCUGGCAGUGCCACGUCGGAUGCUGGCAGUGGAAGCCGGAGGAGCAGUGGGGGGGGGCCCUCUCCGGGGGCUGGGGAGGGGCCUCCCAAUGCUACUGCAUCCAUACUCUCUGGCUUUGGGGGCAUCCUGGGGCUGGGCAGCCUGGGCCUGGGCUCUGCCAACUUCAUGGAGCUGCAGCAACAGAUGCAGAGGCAGCUGAUGUCCAAUCCUGAGAUGCUGUCACAGAUCAUGGAGAACCCCCUGGUCCAGGAUAUGAUGUCAAACCCUGACCUGAUGCGCCACAUGAUCAUGGCCAACCCCCAGAUGCAGCAGCUGAUGGAACGGAACCCGGAGAUCAGCCAUAUGCUCAACAACCCUGAGCUCAUGAGGCAGACAAUGGAGCUUGCUCGGAAUCCCGCCAUGAUGCAAGAGAUGAUGCGGAACCAGGACCGGGCCCUGAGCAACCUUGAGAGCAUCCCUGGAGGGUAUAACGCCCUCCGCCGCAUGUACACGGACAUCCAGGAGCCUAUGUUCAGUGCUGCCCGUGAACAGUUUGGCAACAAUCCCUUCUCUUCCCUGGCCGGGAACUCCGACAGCUCGUCCUCCCAGCCUCUGCGGACUGAGAAUCGAGAGCCCCUCCCUAACCCCUGGAGCCCCUCGCCCCCCACCUCCCAGGCCCCCGGGUCCGGUGGGGAGGGCACCGGAGGAUCGGGGACCAGCCAGGUGCACCCGACAGUCUCGAACCCCUUUGGGAUCAAUGCGGCUAGCCUGGGGUCAGGGAUGUUCAACAGCCCAGAAAUGCAGGCCCUCCUCCAGCAGAUCUCUGAGAACCCCCAGCUGAUGCAGAAUGUGAUCUCCGCCCCCUACAUGCGCAGUAUGAUGCAGACGCUUGCCCAGAACCCUGACUUCGCUGCUCAGAUGAUGGUGAAUGUGCCGCUUUUCGCGGGGAACCCGCAGCUGCAGGAGCAGCUCCGCCUGCAGCUUCCAGUCUUCCUGCAGCAGAUGCAGAACCCGGAGUCGCUCUCCAUCCUCACCAAUCCCCGUGCCAUGCAGGCAUUGCUGCAGAUCCAGCAGGGACUGCAGACCUUGCAGACUGAGGCGCCCGGGCUGGUACCCAGCCUUGGCUCCUUUGGGAUGUCCCGUCCCCCAGCCCCCUCGGCAGGCAGCAAUACCGGGUCUGCGCCUGAGGCCCCCACCUCCUCACCAGCCACGCCAGCCUCAUCUUCUCCCACGGGGGCUUCCAGUGCCCAGCAGCAGCUCAUGCAGCAGAUGAUCCAGCUUUUGGCUGGAAGUGGAAAUUCACAGGUGCAGACACCAGAAGUGAGAUUUCAGCAGCAGCUGGAGCAGCUCAACUCCAUGGGCUUCAUCAAUCGCGAGGCCAACCUACAGGCUCUGAUCGCCACAGGAGGGGACAUCAACGCAGCUAUCGAGAGACUUCUGGGCUCCCAACUCUCCUAAGUCCACAGCCCACACCGCCUGCCUCUCCCUCCCUCCAUGUCAGCAUUUGGUUUCUUUGUCAGCCCUUGCCCUCUGCAGCUUGUCAUCCCUUCUGUCUUCUCCCUUGUCCUCUCCGGAAAGCAGGAUGACUUUUGAGGCUGGGCCCCCCCCAGCUCUGUCUGAGAACUAUGGAUUUGCUGCUGCAUCUCUAACAGAGUCUUCUCUCCUUGUCCUCCUUGAGCAGGGCUAUUUACACAAUUUUCACAGUCUGUUGAUUGACCCUACCUCCUUGCCCCAUAGCACCGUUUGCAAUCUUCAGACGACUCCGUGGCAGUGCCGAGUGGAAGGAGGCCCCAACCGCCUGGUUUACUGGAACAGUCUUCCAUCUGCAGCCCUAGGGUUUUCCUUGUCUUAUGUUUACUUCUGGUAACUCUCCUUCCUUCGUCUUCUCUCCACCCCCACCCCCAACCCAACCAAUGCUAGAAUUUCACACUCGGAAGGAGGGGCAGGUGAAACAGGCUGUGAUUUCCCUUCUUAACCUUUAUUCUGGUCACUUCAUCCAGAACUUUCUCACAGGCUCUGUUGGGAUUUCCAGGGCAAGGGGAAGAUGCCUGUUCUCCCUGUCUGAAGAGGAAGAUAAGAUACAGCCCCCUGGACAGGAAUUAACAACAGCUGGUGUGAAAGAGGAGGGAAUGGGGGAGAUAGCCUGAGUGAAGGACCUGGAAGCUGGAACUGACUGCUGGGGAGUGGAAGCAGAAAGGAGAGUCUAGGCCCAGGCCUGACAGGAGGUGCAGAUGGAAUUUGAAUUGAAGGAGCUCAAUUAAACUAAGCGCUGUGACCCACAAGGGAUCAUAUUGGCUUCAUUUCUGCAAACACACAAGCCUAUCCAUACACACACACAUUUCCCUGAAGCCCUUCAAAAGAUAGGAAGCGGGUUGAGGACUGUCCCAGCAGUGAAGAAGUGUGCCUGUGUGUGUGCACAUGGGCAUGCACACAUGAGUUGGAUGGGGAAUGGGUUCUGUUAGUUUCUGGUUUGACUUUCUCUCCUGCCAGAGACAAGGAGGAAAAAGGGCCAGUCCAGGGCAGGAGUACAUAUCCAGGACAGCUAAGUUCCUUGGGACUGUGGGUGCUGGGUAACCCAAAGGCAGUGUAGACACCCUGUCUGAAGCUGUGAGGGCAGUGACAAGCACUCCUAUCACCCCUUGCUGUUUUGGGAGGCUGGUAAAGGGCUUUUCAGUUCUUCAUGGUUUCCCUCAGGCCAGAAAGUUCUAUUUGAGGAAGGAGAGGAGAGGGUGGCAAUGAUGUCUUUGAUCUAGAAUUGGACAUUGCUCUGUUGGAGCACAGAGAAGGCUCAUGUCACCUCUUCCCUCUGCUGCUUGAACCAGCUGCUGGGAGGACCCAAGCCUGAGAAUAUAGAGGCGAGAGGAACAGAUUUUGUCCAGCCGGGAAAGGGUCCCAAGCAGUCAGAGAGGAUAUCUUUCCCUCCCUACCUCCCCCAACUCCCACAUUGGCCUUUGUAAAUAAAUGGUGUGGUCUUUGUUGUGA